AUGGCUCUGACAUUUGCCGCGCUCGAGGGGCACAAUGCCCAAAUGGCAGCCAUGAAUGCAUCACCUCCCUUCUCCCCCACCCAGGUCGAUGACGAUGCCUCUUCGGAGUGCUCGUAUUAUUCGCUCCCCGGCCUAGAGAACGACAGAUGGUAUCGCAAGAUCCCCGCCUCUCAGCUCAGACAACAGGCGAGCCAGGUACCAAGCCAUACCGGUACCUUGUAUCCCCGACAAUUUUACAACAAAGAGAAGUUGGGAUUGGUGUCCAACGGUUCAUUGACCGAGUAUCCCUUCUGCCUGAACAAGCGCUAUAUUUCUGGCUGUCCGGGUCCUGUCCGCAUCAUCCUCAACUUGGCCAAUCCCGCGGCUUUUGAUGUGGUCUAUCACCCGGAUAAGCUCGAGCAGGACGACAUGACUCCAAGAAGAAGUACGAGAAUCGCUACCAUCACCUCAGCACCUGAGUCUGCGGCCGUGGAGGUGCGAGUUCUCAGGAAACGAAAGAUCUCUUCUGAAACAGAAGCGACAGAGAGCGCAAAGAGGAAGAAGAAGGCGAGAGUGCCUAACAUUCAUCUCAGGCGUCAGCAAGCUCCGUCAACUUCAGAAGAUGCUCUCUCAGUCUUGCCAGCUGAGAUUCAGCUGAAUAUCUUACAUCAUAUUGAUGAUUCAUCAGCAAUGAUCAAUCUGGCAUGCACCUCGCAACGCUACUACAACCUGGCAAUGUCAGUCGUCCACAACCACAUCGCGGUCAGAGUGGGCUUCUUCGCCCACAUGCCCAUGAUCAUUCGUCGCUUGGAGCCCCAUCUUAGCAUCGCCCAGAAGAAGCAAGUCAAGCGCAAGGGAAGAUACAAGGGUCAACAAGAAAGGUUUUCCAAUCUUCUUGACCCAAACGCUGUACCCAAAUGCGCUCUUCAUGUCCGUCAAAUGACAAUUGGCGACAUUGACCCGGGGAAGAAGCAUAGACCGAUCAUAAUCAGAUACUUGGAGGAGGUCUUGAAGAACUUGACUAACUUGGAGGUUUUGGAUACCACGGAGCUUAAUGCAUCAAUGGCUAACAGUAUUGCCGCACUAAAACACCUCAAGGCGUUGCGUCUAGUUGAUUCACGCACAAGUUGCAUCAUAGAGAAUACUGCCUCUCCUCUCUCCCAACUGAGCGGUCUCAAACAUAUCGCCUUCAAGGCCGGGAUGUUGAGCGACCUUGUAUCUGGUCCACAGAAAGUCCUCCAAACUAUCCUUGCAAGGUCACUGUCAACUCUCAUAACCCUCGAUGUUCGUGCACUGCGGUAUAGCUCUAAUUUUCUGGACCGAUUCGAGGAUCGUAUCGAGGAACACGAUCCCGAUUCCCUUGAGCAGCCGCAUUACUUCACUGCGCUUAAGUCACUGACCUUGACUGGUCAUUGCUGGGAAGGCGAGCGUGCGCUCCUGUGGACCGAUCUUAACAAUUCUAUCGACUUUUUGCAGCUCAGAGAGCUCAAGUUUACCCAACUGGGGAAAGGAAAUGUCAUAUUGUUCAAGCACCUCGAGGAUUUGUUCAGCAAGGCAGAUAAAGGAUCCAUCCAGUUGAGAAAGCUAUCAGUCGACCUGGAUGCAGACAAGCCAAAUCCAGUAGCUUCAGAAGAACAUCUGGAGAGCAUCUACCGAUUCCUUGCAUCCUUCGAUACUCUGACAUCCCUCAACGUCCUUGAACACAACGUCUUUCACGACCGCAUCUUCCGCAAGAGUGAUUUCGUCAACCCGGGCCUGUCUGGAAGACUUCAACAAGUGAUCAUCAAUCACAAGCGUCUUGAGUCAUUACAGUUCAAAUAUAGAGGCCAUCCUCCUUAUUACGUUUCGGCUGAGGUCAUCGAGACCCUCACCAAGAGUCUACCUCGACUACAACUUCUUGAAGUAGCCCCUAAAGAUGAUGACUUAGAUGCUCUCGCACGAUCAAUUUCAAGGGCCAAAGAUCUCCGAACCCUCAUCUUCGGAACUAUCCCAAGUUGGCUAAGUGAAAAUCGAAGUAAAGAUCCUGUUCAGACGUUCCUCAAGGGCUUCAUGGGAGGCCUUUUGCAGAUUUCUGGGGAUACCGAAGACUUCACCUGGGCAAAGGCGUACAAACUAACAAAUAUAACUGUUGCAAUCCACACAUUUACUAUUGGACACGGCUUUAUCGAACCACCACAGAAGAAAAUAGACCCUCCUGUCGAGAUCAAGAAGGGUGACAAAGCGGUCUGGCUUCAGAAUAUAAGGGUUAAUGAAGGAUGGAAGCAGUGGUAUUACACAGCGGACAGUUCAUGGGCGAGUCAAAUCAUGACAUCUAUCAAAUAA